AUGUUGCCAAUACUGGUUGUAUCGUCGAAAGGUCACGAGGAUGAGAAUGAAGAGUUCAAUCGCAUUGUACAAAGUGAUGGCUAUCAGAGUGCCCAUUCCAACUUUGACAGCAAUACUAUUUCCUCCGUAACCUCCAACAAGCCCCUCUGGACUUUGACCAAGAGAGGACGAGAGGCCGGCAUUGUUAGCACAGCAUUGGAGGAUGCGAUAGGAUGCUGGUCCGAGGUGCAGCUAGCGACCGUAAAAAAGUUGCCCCCGCACAGCGCGCGUCUAAUAGACGAGUCAUCGGCGAAUCCAGGGGCGAAUUGA